ACACUCUGUUAUAUCCAUAAGGAAAAUAACACGUAAGUGUAUUAAAAUGCCCUAGAAAGGGUCGGGGGUUUGAACAGCACUAUCUGAUUGUAUGACUUCUGUGCUUGCAACUAAAAAUAAUAUAUGUUUAACUUGAAAUGUCAUCGUGUGAAUUAUGCUCUGAACUGUGAGUCAUGUGGUUUGGCUUUUUGUUGGUUUUGUUUUGGGUUUUUUUAAUAGGGGUGAUCAUAUAAGUAUCUUUUGCAUACCAGACAUCUGCAUUAGCAAGUUUCCUUCAGCUUAAUACUUACAUUCAGAAAUAGCUGAUGAACAAAUUCAGUUGCAAGUAGUGAGUCUGUUUACUGAAAGGAGAAAGGAAUAAAGUGCUGCCUGACGAAGUAUGAAGAUAUGAGGCCUUUUUAAGUAUUCAAGAAUGUACCACAUCUGAGAAAAAGUAUGAAGUGAUUGUAUUUUGGUUUACAGUGUCAGAUGGACUUGUAGUGCAACAUCAUUUUCGUAGCAUUUUUUGGAAACUCUGCUUGUUUUUACAUGAUGGUAAUCAAUGCAGUUUGCUUUCCUCAGUAAUUGUAGCAAAUUUUACUUAUGGGCCAUUAAAUCAUCACCAAAAAUAGAUCUGGACGACUGGUCUCCUGUAUUUUAAUGUGGCCUUAUCCUGGCAGGAGCAGGUUGUCUAACAGUUCAGCCUUUCCUCCAAGCUGACUUUUUAUGACUUUGAAAAGAACUAUAUAAUGUUGAACCUAAUUUGCAGUAAAAAUUACACUAGACGUACUCUUCCCUUCAUCUGACCCCUAGUUAAAUCUAGCUUUUAUGUUUGUCUUUGCCUUUUGUAAGCUCCUUUAGGGUGAACCAAAAAAUCCAAGAGUUCUUUUACAUUUAAAGGGUUGUUUUUCAGGAUCUUCAAAUGAGGGCAAAAGUAAAAAUGUCAGAGUGAGUGCAGUAUUUCUAGCCAUGCUGUAAGAACCAGGGUGACCUACUUUAAAACAAUUUGAAAGAUCUGAAGAUAAAAACCAUGCAAUAUGUUUCAUGUUGUAAACAACCCUAAAGAAACAGAAAUCUAUUUAAUAAUGACUUUGUGGAUUCAGACCUAGGAACAGUUCAGUAGUUCUUCCUCUACUGUUCAGUUUCUGUUUGGUUUGCAGGAUCUGCCUGUGCAGCCUUCUGACAACAGAGCAGCUGCUGGCAAUAACUUUCCAUUAGAGACCUUUAUUCUACUGCAGAGCUACUAGCUGGUUCAGUGUCAGGUAGAGCCCCUGUAAAUUCAGAAUGCAUAGUAAUAAUUGAUUUUAAUGUCAGGAUUUGUAAUUAAUAUCAUGAACCUGUGUUCAGCAUACCAAAUUUAUACACUGAAACCAUUAGAAAAAGGGACACAGCUGGAGUCGGUCUUUUUUCAGCCUCACUGCAGCGAGACUUGGCUCACAGUUUAAUUCAUUCUCUACCCUGACACAUAGCUGAUGUUCAGAGUGACAGAAUGAGAUCAAGUGUGUCCUUGCUGCUGUGUAUACAGCCCAAAUAUACACACAGCGAUAGAAAUGUGCUUGGUUUGACAUCAAGGAAAUUUCAGGAAAUUGGCAAAGUCAACCCUGACUUCUGGGUUGUGUUCCAAACAUAAAAUAGCAGACCCAUGUAUUUGAUCAUGGUAAAGAAAUAGUUUUUGUGUAGCAUGUUGGUAUCUAUUUACAUAAACACUAAGAUGAAGCUGUACAUGUCAAGACCAAGUCUGACACUCCUUCAUGCCAAGAAAAGGAAAGUGUUGGAGCGAACUGCUUUUCCAGUCUGUUACUAUCACUUCUGUGAAGGGCAGGGCAGCAAAACAGGACUUCAGCACUGCAGACCUACAAAGAUGCUGAUUGAUUUUGAAGCCAUCUUGGACAAUUGCUUUUUAUAACUUUCUUUUUGUAUAAAAUCUUUAGCUCCUUUGGUCCCUCAGUCAUUUGUCUGUUGAAAGCAUACUGAAUUUUUGAAUCGCUGGAAACAAAUGAUGUAAAAUUGGACCUUUGAUCUCUUUAUUUUUUCUUGCUUAUGCUGAUUGUAUGCCUGACUCCCAGCAGAAAUAAGGACUUUUGCUUAUUAUAUAUUUGUGUUCAUGCACACAUAUAUAUAUAUAUAUAUAUAUAGGAAGUAUCCUUGGUGAUGCAAUAAUGUACUGGAUAAGGCUAUUUUGUUACUGGAAUCUUCUUAGAUUCCUGUUUAGGAAAUAAUUGAAAGCUGUCUUUGCUGCAGCAACAUAAUGGAGUAAUUUGAUACAACUAUCCCUUUCAUUUAAUAUUUAUGUUUUGCUGCUUAAAUCAUUAACAAGUGUUGCUGCAAUCUAGUGAAAAUUAGUUUCUUUAGAAGGCAAGAUGUAAACCAGCAAUUGCAAAUAUUUGGGGAUCACUUUUUUCUCAAAGGUUGCCUCUAUUUCAGCAGUUGGUGAAACACAGAAGUCUAUGUUUUGAUGGAAAUCUUAGGGUAACCAAGUGUAAGUGCUCGUUUCCUCUUUAGAGAGGACAACAUUGCAUAAUGUCCUUAUAAGCCACUAAUGUGAACUGCUGCUCACUUCAAAUAUUUCUGCCCGUGGCCCUUAGAUGCUUGCGAUGAAGUGGGCAUUCCAAAUGGCACAGCUGAAAGGAAAAUACUGCGGUGAUCUCUUUGAUAAUCUUGCAAUCUGAUGAUUGCUUGCUCGGUAUUGAGAGCUGCAUGCAAAACAUUGUGCUUUUUGUUCUAAGUGUUUUUCCUUUGGAAUGCUGUCUCCUAGCAUUUCAGAAGUAGCAUGUCUGUAGGAACCUCUUGUUGCAGAGAUGGAACUGGAAGCAAGGUCAGAGAAGACUGUUACCAGAUCUGCUAAUGAAAUUAAGUUUUGAUAUUGUGCUUUAGCCACUGGGCAGGCUUCCCCCUUCAGAUCUUUUGAAAAGAGAAAAGCCAUUGUUCUUUGUGCAUUCAUUUGAAAAGGAAAUGGUCUCCAAAAGAAAAAAUGGUUCCUGAAUUAAAACAAAAAAAAGUGUCUUUUGGAUAUAGCAGCCUUCCCUGAGAAUUAAGAAAUGAAAAUGCUUUGACUGUAACUAUUGCAUCUUAAAAAGUUACUGAUUUUUAAAAAGAAUUACUUCUCUCCCAGCAGCACUGACAAACUAAGUGCUCAGUAAUUGCAUUUUACUGCAGCAUUGCCCUCAAGAUUGUUUUGGCUUUCCUUUUGCUAUGUACUUGCACUUCCUCAUGAGAGUGGAACAUCCUGCCUGUUAUGCAAUGCAUAAAUCUUGCUUUGAUAGGCAUUUCCAGGUUUCCAGAUCUCAUCUUCAAAUGCAUGAUGAUGUUUUUCAAGUUGGUCUUUGAAGGCACAGGCAAGUUAAGCAAUAGCGUUCAGCUUUCUGUAAAAAUGCUUAAAAAGAAUUUGUGUUUCUUCCUGGAAUCAGCCUUGAAAAUAACUGCCCAUUUCAAAGAAUUCUGUCCAUGAGAGCAGUUCAUUAUAUCCACUUGUUCAAAAUGUUUUUUCCUUUCUUCUGCAGUGGCUAGUUUCCAGGUAUAUCACCCCUUCAAAUCCAUUGAGAGGCUCUGCCAGGGAGACUUUCUCUUCCCUCAGGCAGAUAUGGAAUGUUUGAGAAAACACAUACGUGAUUACAGAAUGUGUUUGAAUUCUGAGCCAUACAUCAUGAUUUGUUUGCCCAUAGAAAUGGGUUGAUUUAAUAAGUGUGUUAAACAAAUUCACAGGGUACUGGAAUUAAAAUAUAACCUCUUGAAUGCAUUUGCCAAUCUUUGCUCUUGAAGGAAUUUUGCAAAUAAAUUUCUUUACCGUGCCUCUUUAUUUUACUAUUUGUUCUUUGUUUCUGAGGAACCUUUUUGGGAAUCGUGAUGGCUGGUUGUAUAAAACUGGGCUAAUGGUUUUGCAGAAUUUUAUUCUAGCAACAGCAAUUAUUCCAAUAAAUUUCAAGCUAUCAUUUUAAAGGAGAAUAAACCCUUGAAGCUGGAUUUCUAAAUGUCUGUUCACCCAUUUUUCUGUAACUGCAUCAGCUGUGUAGUAAUUAGUGUUUUGUGUGCUGUUCCCCACAGCUACUGAUCUAUGGAAUUAGAAGCAGCUAAUGUGGUAUGACAUGCACGAGUUAAGUACUGUGGAAGUUAACACUGUUCUUGUUUUAUAAACUUACUACUGACGUUAAUACUUCGGCUUUGGCCCUCCUGUGUGUUUUUGACCUCAGGGUUUCUUUUUAAAGACAGCUUUUGUUAGAAGCUAUUUGAAUUAUGUUUGUAUUUUCCUAAGAUUAAAAGGAGUACUCUUAUUAAGCAUUUUGCUUUGAAAAUUGCAUACUUAGCAGCCCAGUUAAAGAUUGAGAACACAAGAUAUUGUGGAAAAUAAAGAUACAUAAAAAUAGCAUCAGACAUGUUACUGGAAAUUUUUAUAAAGGUCUGUAAUUUCUAACACUUAAAAAAAAAAAAGGUUCAAGUUUGACUAAACCAGAAGUGCUCCCUCCCAAAAAAACUCCUAUGCUAUGCGUCAUUUAACUUUUCCAGCUUUUUCUUAUUGUUCCCUGGUGAAGCUAUAAAAGAUGAUCAGGGCAGCAUACAGCAACAUCCUUUCAGGAAAAACCUGUUUAUUCAAAGCCUUUAAUUCACUGGAUGCUGGACUGGAAGCUGGAAUACAGCAUUUGCAGGGUGUUGGGAAGGAGGAGAAGCUUACCCAGAAGCAGAAUCAAGUCCAAAUUUGAUUCUUUCAAUUAAAAGAAAAACGUGGAACUUGUAUUUAGUACCUACAACACCACCUCUCCCUACACGCUUUGCUUUGCCUGAGACACAAGGCUUUUGAAAUGUGGGAAACGUGCACAAGUUUUCGGAAAGUUUCAGGCUUCCCAUGCUAUAAUGAGAGUAGCAAACAUAGUUGUGAGUUUCCUAAUUUUCCCAAGUAGUCUGGUUUGACAAGAUUUAAAUACGUAAAAUAAGCCCCAGUUUUACGACUACACCUACUCCAUAAUAAAUAUUGCUUAAUCACCUGCAAUAAAUUGCUUAACACGAUGGCAUGCUUUGAAUGAUUCCUGAUGCCUCAGUCUCCAGAGAAAUCAGAUUUUAUAAGAUCAGGCAUAGCCUUAGCUACCAGCCAGUGCUCAUCCCUUGCCAGGCUUUACUUGUACGGUUUGGAGUUUUAGCACUGGGAGGCCUGUCCUGGGGAGCACUGAAUAGAAACUCUCAGGUUCUGGAAUCUUAAUUAUUCAGGUGAUGAUAAUGCUGUGGGUGCAGAUUAACUAUAAUGAAUCUGCACUUUAAUACUUCAAUUAGAUGUAUAUUUUUCUGAUGUGCAAUAGAAUUUAGGUGUGGAAUUUUUAAGUGCAACGUAUGACUAUCCUGUGCAUGAAAAAUUCAUGCUUAAUUUCUUUUGUAGAUGAAGAUGUCCCAGUAUAUAUAGCGUAUAUGCUUAGUACCAAGUGGCUUGCUUUUUGGAAUGAAAUGUCUUUGGACUUUGAAAAAUAAAAUUGGAAUAGGAAUUAGAAUUUAGUGAUUUCCUAUUACAAGUGGCUUCAUUGUUUUACAAGACCUCUGAUCUGUCUGGGUGCUAGUGGGGAAACCACUGCAGUCCCAGAGGUAAAGUGGUUUGCCCAUGCUCUCCGGAUCCAAUGACAAAGUUGUGACGGAAGUCCUGAGUUCUUCUCUCCGUGCUUUAACAAUGAGAUUACAUUAUUGUGAGCACUGCACAUACUUACACAUGAUUUCUAGGCAGUAGGAGAAUCGGAAUAAUUUAAUUUUCCUGUAGACAGGGGUGGCCAGUGUAUAGUUCAAAACUGUUGUGCUUGCUGAUGUAGAAUAUUUAGUCUUGACAUCUCUCUCUUAACCAGAUGUGCUGUCACUUCUUGUAUAUUAUUGCCAAAACAAUACUGCUUAUUCAAAAUUAUGGUUGAUGAAUGUCUUUUGAAAUGCUGGCUGACAUUUUCAACAUAGUCAUGUAUUAAGACUGCAGGUUGAUUUCUUUCUUUUUGGUUUGUUUGUUUGGUUGUUUUUUGUGGCCUUGUGUUCAACCGGAUGUCUUUCUACCUCAGUUCUGUUUCCUCAGGAUAAAUGUUUGUGCCCUUUGAGCCCUCUGAUAAAGCAAACUUUGAGAUGCCCUAAACAAACUUGUGUAAAGCCAAGUUCUUGUGAUCAACUUGGGUAAAUAAUAGCAGGCUGUAGUUAACUGAUUUUGUUCCUGAAGUGUACAUACUCUGCUUUACUCCAGCCUGUCAUUACCCCUGUAUCUUUUCUUUAUAAAUAAAUUAAAAAAUUUACAGUAAGCAAUCCAGCUCCAUGCAAAGCACUGCAACUUUGUGAAUUGAUCCGUUAAAAACACCACCAUAGUAAGUCUCUACGUGAAGUCUUUUGAAAAGAAAACAUCACUUUUUUUCCCCAAGUACAGUGUGGUUUAUGUGCUUUACAACUCAGAACUAACAUCUAUCUGAGAAUAACUCACCUUUAGUUGCCAGUUAAUGAUCAGUAUCUUGACCGUUACAGCUUUUCUGAUUUUAUGGAAUUAAAUGUAUAGUUACAAGUUUCUUCAACAAUAUGGCCACUACCACUAACCUGUCAUCAGUCUUUAUUUUUAUGUUGGUUAUGUAAUACAUAUAUACAUUUCAGAUAAGCUGUGUUUCUGAUAAAAUGUGCAGGUCAAUUUGGAAGUUAAGACAGGCACAAUUUGUGCUACUGUUUUCAAAGCAGUCUCACUAUCAAAGGCCGUUAAGUAAUAUAAAAACUUGGAAAUUCAAACUACCGAUGGUGACUUUCUCUAAUAGUGUGAACCCUUUCAGCACUGGGGCAAGUAGUCAACUCCAUUAAUGGAGUUCUUUUAGAAGAAGCACUGGGCAAGCCUCUGAACCAGCUGAGGAUGGCGUUUUGGCUGGUCUUUAUUUAGGAUAUACAUGACUGACAUCUUUUCAUAGGAUAGAUGUAUUUUCUUUAUUUAUAUACCAAGUUCUUGAAUUAUUCUGCAUUUCCAGAGAGGUGGACUGCUGCAUUGAUUUCAUAUAUUAAUAUACCCAAGUUCAAUGUAACAGUAAUAGUGGCUCUUAGUGUUGUGCUUAACAUGAUUUGCCAACUUCUGAUUGAUAAGCAGAGACAUAGAGGAGCAAGCUGUUUCAAACAACCGAGGAAAGAGUGAUCUUCCCAAGGGUGCUGAGGCUGGCGCAAUUCAGCACCAUGACGUGACAAAGAUGAUUAGAUAUGCUGUAAGCACAGAGACCUUUUGUUGGAAAGAUAGGCAAGAAAUGAACAGUAGCAUACUGGUGUGUUGAGGAUGCUCUAGCCUAUGGCAGUCUUCUCCACUGCUAUACAAGUUACUGGAACCACUGGAGGGCCUGAGUAUGAAUGUGGGCCACAGUUUAGCCAGUCCUCCUUUUUGUGUGAUUGCUAAUAGCUGCAGGUAGGAAUAUGACCAAUUAAACUUUCGAAUCAGUGUGCAGGGUUGUGUUUUAAAAUGGUUUUAGUAUGAUUAGAAUCUUAGGGACCUUAUACUACAAAAACGACAACUAGCCGGCGCACUCAGAAGGGGAAAACCAUAAAGUCCUCACUACAAAAAUCUUCCAUGGAGAAUGUGGUGUUCCUAUCAGCUAACCAGUCCAAUUCAAAUUUCUUUCUCAAAUGUUUAAACUGUUCUCAAAAUUAGAAACUUACUAUUGUAGCAGACCUCUUUGUUCAUUGCUAUAGCUCAUCCUAUGUGAGCAUUUUACAGACAAGAGACUACCUUUGGGCUCAUCAGACUACAGCGUGUAUACAGCACAAUGAACUAGGAAUGGCUUGGCCUGGGUUUCUUCCUUCACAUCUCUUGCACAACUGAAAUGCUAAGUGCCCCAAAUUCAACAAAGACUUGGAACUACUGAGGUUCUGCACUUUGUGAAAUAACAAUUUUGUAGCUGUUCAUGGCUUGAACUGGAGGAUCGCACAAGGACUUUUGACAUGCAUUCACUGGAGAACUCCCUAAUUGACAUAAUGAGAGCUGAAAACGAUUCACUGAAAGCAAGGACAUAUGGGAGAAGGCGAGGUCAGUCUUCACUGUUUCCAAUGGAAGACGGGUUCUUGGAUGAUGGACGUGGGGAUCAGACUCUUCACAGUGGUUUAGGAUCACCUCACUGCUUCUCCCAUCAGAAUGGAGAAAGAGUGGAACGGUAUUCCCGUAAAGUCUUUGUUGGGGGACUGCCACCAGAUAUUGAUGAAGAUGAGAUCACUGCUAGUUUUCGUCGCUUUGGACCUUUGAUUGUAGACUGGCCACACAAGGCAGAGAGCAAAUCCUAUUUUCCUCCUAAAGGAUAUGCAUUUUUGCUCUUCCAAGAUGAAAGCUCUGUACAGGCACUGAUUGAUGCAUGUAUUGAAGAAGAUGGAAAGCUCUAUCUUUGUGUUUCCAGCCCCACUAUCAAAGACAAACCGGUUCAGAUCCGGCCUUGGAACCUUAGUGAUAGUGAUUUUGUUAUGGAUGGUUCACAGCCUCUUGACCCACGAAAAACCAUUUUUGUUGGUGGUGUUCCUCGGCCUUUACGAGCAGUGGAACUUGCAAUGAUAAUGGAUCGGCUGUAUGGAGGGGUGUGCUAUGCUGGAAUUGACACAGACCCUGAGCUGAAGUACCCAAAAGGAGCUGGGCGGGUUGCGUUUUCUAAUCAACAGAGUUACAUAGCUGCUAUCAGUGCUCGCUUUGUUCAGCUGCAGCAUGGAGAGAUAGAUAAACGGGUGGAAGUUAAGCCAUAUGUCUUGGAUGAUCAGCUUUGUGAUGAAUGUCAGGGGGCCCGUUGCGGUGGAAAAUUUGCUCCAUUUUUCUGUGCUAAUGUUACCUGUCUGCAGUAUUACUGUGAAUAUUGCUGGGCUGCUAUCCAUUCACGCGCUGGCAGGGAAUUCCACAAGCCCCUGGUAAAGGAGGGAGGAGAUCGCCCAAGACAUAUUUCAUUCCGCUGGAACUAAAUGAUCACUGCAGUGCUCAUAUGCAGGCCUCAAAUUAAGUGCACUCUUCUGUUAUCCUGAUUGUCCCUACCCCUCCCUACCCUUUCUCUUAUUCAAGAUAGCAUGCCCUUUUGUAGUAGUCUGUAAUUUAACAAUAGUAUAAUGAAAGAAUGACCUAUAAUAUGGGUAUUUUGUAGAAUCUUGUCAUUGAAAACUGUAUUGGGAACUCCUUUUCGUAUCGAUAACAUGUUGCAAGUGAGUUGCAUUCUCUUGUCUUUACUACCAAGAGAACACUUAAUUUCAUGCAACAUUUUCUUAGAGGAGAGAAAAAUAUUAAGAAAAGAGAAUUGAAACGAUAGAGUAUUUUGGUUUUUUAAUUAAAUUAUUGUUAAUAAAGAACAUAAGAAUACUUUUAUUAAAAUAACCGUGUAACAGUAACACUAUCAGUCUGUUCUGACACUUUUCCCCCAAGGAAGCCUGUUUUUGCCUCUCUUUUUGUUUCGACUUCAUAUUUUUCCAGCAACAGAUGAAGUUUGCAUUUACCUACCAACAGAAAAGAGCAUGUUUAAAGCAACACAAAUGCAUGAGCAAAGUUGAAGCAGCAUUAUAACAAUGAUUUUUUUUUUCUUUAUUUAAUCUGUUAAGGGUUUUGAGGCUAAAAUUUUAGUUCAGUGUGUAUCUGACUGUGCCUCUGACUACCACCCACAUCCAAAUUACUAAUGAGAUAGGCAGAGCUUACUAUAUUUUCAUCGAAAUGAUUACAUUUUAAGAAUUCCUGAAUGUAAAAGUCGAGUAAAGUUACUACUGAGGGGGGAGUGCACUUUUUUUUUCUUUAAGAGAACUCAAUUGUCUGGUUACAGCCCUAGAAAUCCUACCAAAGCUAGAGUAAUGACAACUAGUUAACUGGCAUUUCCUCUCCUGAAGGAUAAAUAUAUAGAUUUUAUUUUUGAUGGCUAUAUAUAACUCUAUAUCCUAAUAUACUAACAUUCAUCAGGGGCCAGCCUUUGCUCUCCAUUUUGACGUGAAAAAGUAGAAAACCUAAAGAUACCUCAAGGAUAUCGCUGAUUUUUACUGAAGUUUUGAUAUUCCAUUGUGUCACACAAAUUAAAAUUGGCUGCUUAUUUGUUUCCCAUCUUGGAUGUAAAGUUAGCUUCAAAUACCCUCUAGCUUAGUUGUAACAGAAGGCAUGAACCUAAGUAGUUUCCAAGUCUUGUUUUGCACUAUUUUCUGAAUUUGUGCAUGAAAUGGUGCAAGCGUGCAUAUGCCUUUCUUACUCUUCCUGUAGAAAGAAUCCUAACUGAGAUUCCACCUCUUCAGAACUUAACAUGGAGAAAUAAAGAAACACAGGUAUUUGAAGUGCCAACAUUGCUAAGUUAAUGCCUGCUUUAUUAUAAAUAAGUUCUACCUUGAGAAGCAUUAACACAGUACAUGUUAAUUGAAUGGUCACGAGUGGGUGCAGGGGUUUAGUUUGAAAUAGUUGAAUGAAGGAGUAGUUCUGAAAAUUUAUUUUUUAUUACUUUUGAACUAAUGCCCUGGCCAACUUCUCAAAUGAUUAUUUAGCAGUGUGCAAACAAACACAUUCAGUGGCAAUCUUCUGAAGUGCCCAAAGUGGCACGGUACCAUCUUAGAAUCUCUCAAACCAAAGACUUGCCUCAGCACUGCUCGGAAAACAUCUGCUCAGUUAAAAGCCUUCGUCGGCCCCCCUCAUCCCCUUCCCCCAGCCCAGAUUAUCUUUAUGAGAAGCAGUUUUUAUUUUCAAUACAGGCUUUAAUGAACUGUACCUUACCAAGUUCCAAAGGUCAAAAUGGAGACAUUUGCUGUCUACUAGUCAAGUAUAGAAAGGGAGCUGCUUUUAAUGAAAUCCCUGAAAAUAUUGACAACAGUAAUGCAAAUGCAGAGUGCUCUUGUGUAGAUUGUCAGGGACUUUUUUUUCUCUGAAGUACAUAAUUAUAGUUGGAAUGUUCCUUUAAUUUUUUUAAUGCUUGUAGGUGGCUUGGGGUGUGCUAUUGUGCCGAUCCUACCCAGUAAACAGGUGAGAUGGGUUACCAUUACAAGAAAUAACACUGUUUGAGAACUAGCUUUGAAUAAUAAUUUUCCCUUUGUACAUGACCUGCUGAAUUUCGGUACAGUGUUUUUGUAGCUAACUUAUUUUGUCAUGCACAUAAUGUAUAUUUGUUAUGCACUACUUUUGUAUAUCUUGUUUUUCCAACAGUGAGCAUUUUUAGGCACACUUUUCACUGACGGGAUAUCUCUUUAUGCAAUACCUCAAUUUUUCAUAUUGCAAAGAGUAGCUUUUUGUACUUUUAUUACUGAGAGAUCUUCAUAUACUUCAUUUUUUAAUAUAAAUAAUUUUAAUAAAUUUUAUUUUCUUAUAUUCUGCUUUUUAUACAUUUCAGUGCUCUGCAUACAUUUUGAAUUAUGGAUGUUGUGCACUGGCAAUGCUAUUUUAGAAUCUGCAGAGAAAAGAAAGCAUGUUGCUUAAACAUCUUAGCCCAGCACCAGGUAUUUGGUGUACAUAUAAUUUAAGAAAAAUAGUAUAUGUAAAGUUGAGAAUUAAAGAAGAAAAAAGCAUGAAAGUGACAAAUGACACUGUCUUUAGACCCAUGAAAUUUAAAUGCAUAAAUAUAGUGUAGAAAUUUAAAAGUAAAGAAACAUCAGAAUUGUCUACCGCUUCUUACUGAGUUUUUAAAAAUUACACACAAAUGCAGACGUUUUUGGUGAAUGUUUAGCCAUUUUUAUUAUUAAUAACAAAUUGAUGUUAGGUGUUUGAUGCAGAAAUGUGUCUGCUCUUUUAAAUUAUAUUUAAAGAAAAAAAAAGAGAGCCUGCUAGGUGGCAGGCAUGUAAUGUUAGUAUGCAUGACUAAUGUAAGAAAUUGUUAUUCUACUAAUAUUCACUUGUGAUUGUGUGACAAGCGUGUUUACAGAUUAUUUGGUUACACUUCGAUUUACAGGGCAUAAACAAUUAUAUACAUUACUCUGUACUUAACUAGUGAUUACAUGUCCUUCUGAUUACAUGGGAUUUGUAGUUGGGGUUACCAUGUAGCUCCAAACAUAAUUAACAUGUAAUUAGGUUACCAGUCUUACGGUAUCACUUCAAUUUGCAAAGGGGUUAAUAACGCAUGUAGUUUUAUCACACUAGCAUGGCACCGGCCAUGUACUUACAAUGUAGUUACAGAGUAAUUACAUGGUUAUUUUUGCAAUGUAAAAUAAAGUGUUUCUGAUUAUUUUAUAUGUAAAGGAACCCCACUGCCCCGUGCUUUUUGGUAUAGUAUAUACUUCUCCAUACACAGACCUCUGCAGAAUGCAAAUUUAAAACUUGCAGUGAAUGAAUUUAGCGUUUUUCUAAGGAUGCUGUUGGAAAGACUUGAUAAUUCACCCCUUGUGUUUUUGAAGAGUUAAAACCUUCUGUUAAAAGGUGAUUUAAAACUUGAAUGUGAUGAAUUGUGGCAAGUUAACUUCAAGUUAUGUGCAAUACCUAUUUCAGACUUCUGGAAGAUCUUUGCAGUGUAAUUCUUUGUUUUUAAUUGCAGACAUUUAAAAAUGUCAUUUUCUACUGUUCUAGUAAAUCCUCUUUCUUGCUGGUGUUUCUAAAGAAAAGAAUCAGAAAUCAAUCUUUCUACUAAUGUAAAUUUGAGAUUAUUUUUAAAAAAAAA